GUCAAAUGUUUACAUGCGUCGUUCGCGGCUCGCUCGGCUUCCGCCCAUCCGCCAGUACACCUACGCGUUUCACGGGUUCGUUUUGAGGCUGCAUUCGAGAAGGACAAGGACCGCGUUUGAAAACAAGGGUGCAAUUUUACGAGAACACACGACUCGUGAAGGAACUCUUCGGACGCAAGGAUGGGUAGUUACGCGAGCAGAAUCGCGUCGAUGUCUAACACGGCUGUCCACAGUGUGUAUCGAGGCUGCAAACGCAAGUACAUCGAGGAAUACGACUGCGAUUCCGAGUCCGAUUACAUCGAACGAACGCUGCACACACCGAAAAAGAGAAAAUUGCUCACGACGGCACAAUAUAUAUACAAGACCCUAUUCCAAGAAGAGAAAGGCAGUGACAUAACUGUUUUCAUACUGGGAAAAGCAUGGAGAUUACAUAAAGUUUAUAUUAGUCAGAGUCCAUACUUUGCUAGUAUGUUUUCUGGUUCUUGGAGAGAGACUAAUGAGAAAGUUAUUAAUGUAGAAAUCACAGAUCCUAACAUUACAAUGAAUUCAUUAUGUACAGUGUUAGGCUCGCUCUAUCAAGAUGAAGUCACUUUGGAGCCAAAAGAAGUUAUUUCUAUUUUGGCAACAUCUGUUCUGUUUCAAUUGCAAGGUUUAAUAGACGAGUGUGCAGACAUUAUGAUAGAAACUACAAAUAGUGAGACUGUGGUACCAUAUUAUAAUGCAGCUGUAUCAUAUGGUGUACCUACUGUGAAAGCAGCUGCAAAACGAUGGUUGGAAGUCAAUUUAUUGAAUUACGGAUGGCAGCAUCCACCUUUUUUAAAAGAAAUUGCACCAGAUUUAAUGGCAGAAUUAGUUGCAAGUCCUGAUUUAGUUGUCUUGCAAACAGAAUUCUGUAUAUAUCUAAUGUUGCGCAUAUGGUUAUUUGCACAUACUCACGACUACGAUGAUACGUUGAAAAUCGACGAUUACUUUAAAAAUCACAAAUGGACGGAACCCUUUUUAACGACCGAUGAGGGCAAAGAAUAUGCAGCACCUUUUAAGGCACUAAAGAUGAAAUAUUUGCUUUUACAUGAACAAGAUGAUAAGAUAUUAUAUAAUGAUAAUUUAAUACCACCAGAUUGGCUAUACAAUGCUUAUAGAGAACAAUGGCAUCACUUAUUAAGAGUUGAUGGAAAUUUAGAUAGAGGUCCAGUGCAGAUGACGGAAGAAGAAUUUGCAAAAGAAUGCUUUCGAUGUGGUAGAUGUGUUGAAAAGCCAGGUGAACAUACUUGGAGAUGGAAAGCCUUCCAUUAUGGAUUAGAUUUAGUAAUGACUGUAGACACAACUAGUUUACGCAUUAUGAGAAAUCAUAGAGCGGACACAGAGCAUAUUAAGGCUAAUCAUAAGGAACAUAAAAUUCUGAUAAAAGUCUGUCUAUUUUCAUUGGACGAGCAACGUCAAGUGAAACACGUUCAAAAUUCGGGUAUGCUAAGAUUACGUUUGAGAAAGAAUACAGAACACAUUUUUUUUCAGCACGAGAUAAUGUCCCUGGAUAAGCAGCUAACUUAUCCUCUGUAUAUAUCAGUCAACAUGCAACUAGUCACGCCACUCACAUUGGAAGAAGAGACAACAUCAGCUGAUGUCAUAUUUUCAGAUACUUAGCAUUUCAAGAAUAUAACAUUUUAUAUAAAGGUUCAAAAGAAUGGGACCAGGACUUGAGCGCGUCGAUUGAGGGAAGGUCUGGUUCACGUUUUCUCGCCCUUCCAUGACGUAACGCUGCACGCGCACCCAUUGCAUCCCACGACUACCGAACUAGGCUGAUACGGCACCAGCUGAUAUCGAACAGGCAAGGCACGCGAUGACCUACACUCAGCUGUCGUGGAUCGAUACGAAGAAACCGAAUUUUAUAGCGGGUAUAAAAUUAGGCGAUUAGAGAGACAAAUGCAUAAGCGAUGAGUUUUAUGAGUAAGUAAAUUUAACGUUUUACCUUGUCAUAUCUAAUAUCUAUAUUUACCUUGUUACAUCUAAUAUCUAAUAUUGAGCGACAUGUAAACUUGCCAAACUAAUUAAUUAAU